AUGCCUCUCGGAACUCCUUACAACGCCUUCAUUCCGCCCUACCCCAUCCGCGUCGAUGACUUCAGCAACCCGACCGCCACCUCCGUCCCAGCCACCCCUGGGCCCUACUCCUCGGCAGAUAUCCCGACAACAGCAAGCCUCUAUCUCUUGAGCCAUACCCAUACGGACCAUCUCAAUGGGCUUUCCGCACGCUCCUUUGGGCAGACUGUAUGCUGCUCGCACGACGCUAAAGAGAUGCUGCUCCGACACGAGGUGUACUACGAGCGCGCUCUCAAAACUGCCGAACUGCGCGCAGAGAACGUCCGGACGUUUGCGCAUCUGAAGAUCGAGCCACGUAGGUUGGAGGACGGCAGUCUAGACGUUACGGGUUCACGGGAUCUCUUGCGCCCGUUGCAUGCGCAUAUACCGACCAAGUUCACCUUGAGUGAGGAGGAGGAAGUCGUUAUCACGCUACUCGACGCCAAUCACUGUCCAGGCGCUGUCAUGUACCUGGUCGAAGGCUCGAAAGGCGCUGUUCUCCACACCGGAGACCUUCGCGCAGAACCAUGGUUUAUUGAUUCCCUCACACGGAACCCCUAUGUCCAGAAGUAUCUUCAUGCCGAAGGAACUUUGAGCUCAUCAACUCCAAAACUGGAAGCGAUAUACCUCGACACCGCGUGUGUCCUCAACGACUAUGAAGUCCCCUCGAAGAUUCACGUCGAUCGAUACAAGUACAGCGUGUACACGCACCUAGAGAGCGAUCCUUUUAUGAGGUCCAUCGUGACGAAGGACGAGGACACCAGGUUCCACGCCUGCGAACGCUUCGAGCGCUGCGAGUACGUUCACGUCAAUGGGCGUGAGUCGCAUACACCGAGUGGACAUCAUGUGGUGUACAUCAACCCGGUCAAUAUGGACACCGUGUCUUGGGAGCGAUACGUGGUAGACACCACGCAACGGCUGAAGCAUCGUGCGCAAGUCAAUAGCCUGCUCGUUCCCUUGGCGCGACAUUCCACCCUGCCAGAGCUUCGAAGAUUUGUGUCUCUGUUCAAGCCCAAGCGGGUAGUCCCGAACACGCUCGACCCAGUUCUUAAGGGUCUCGACGCUGUUUGCAUCAGUGCUAUGUUCGCAGGCUGUAUGGCAGAAGAAUCAAAGGCGUCUCCCCCUACUUCGUCGCUGGCCGGUGUCGAUAUGGCGGAUGUCAGCUCGGUGUUGCACAGCGAGGCGGAAACCAACGAAGACGUCGCGUUCAAGAACUUGGAAGGCGCCGACGCCCGCGCCAUCGCGGAGAAGUGGGCGGACAGCGGUCGAAUGAAGAAGAAGCUCGCCACGCUGAAGCCGUAUCUCCCCGCCGAGCUCUCUCGCACCGUCGACGACAUCCUCGCAGGCAGAUGCCGAGCUCCCCCUCGCGCGUCCAAGCCCCCGCCGUCCUCCGCAACCCACACGCGGCAGCCCAUCACCUCCACUUCCAUAUCCCGCCCGCCCACAUCUGCUCCAGACCCCGCUCCACGCACCUUCCAAGGCCGCGCGACGUUCGCCGAGACUGAGGCAGCAAUGUCGCGGCUCGCGCACGUACGCGUCCCGUUCUACAUCCACCACCGGGCGCCAAUGCCGAAGGAGCUGCGCUCGCCCUCGCCAGAGACGCAGAUGGACGACGGCGACGUGGACGCGCACGAUGUGAUGGCGAACUUCUUGUGGGCGGACGAGGAGAGCACGCCGUACAAGCGUGCGUGCCGCGAGGUGGACCGUGCAAACGAGCUGUCGUCGCCGCUCUCUGCUAUUGCCGUGGAAGGGAGGGGGGCAGACUCCACUGCGGGACCGUCGAACCUCGUUGUGGGGGAAGGACAAGCACCUGCCACUCCGAAGUCAAGGCGUCCGUCGCAACAGGCUUUCAAGAACCUGUCGGCGUGGCUGCGGUCGUCCUCACCUGCCCCGGCAGAGACGAGUGUCGAAGCCGUCGAAGAGCGCGGUACACCUGCCAAGAAGAAUGACCACCCCGCAGAACCGCGCACGCCUCUGGGCUCGCCCAUCCAGCUCUUCGGCUCGCACAAAGGCAAGGAGAAGGCAACAGAGGUCGCACUCCCCAUCACCCCAGACACAAUCACCCGCAGACCCACCCGCGCGCCCACGUCGCUGCCCUCGACUCCUCCCACGCUCACUGCGUCUGGACGCCAGAGCGCACACCAGCGCGCGAAGGACCCCGCGCCGCGGCCCAUCCUCAUGAAAGACGCAAGCCCGCUCGUCGACCUGCGCGCGAUGCGCAAGCGGCCGCGCCGGUCCAGCACAUCACUCGGCCCGAAGCGCCUCACCGAAACGGCACAAGACGGCAAGCGCGCUCCGCCGAGUGUCAAAGCAACGUCGCGCGCGGUCGAGGCGAGCGCGCCGUCAAGCUCGAAGGCGUCUACGAAAGCUGACCGGCGUCAACGGGCAACGCCCAUGGACAUCGACGACCCGCUCAGUCCGACGACCAAGCACCAGCGCCUCGUCGAGCGACUCCGGCGCGUGAAACCUGCUCUCACCGCCACACGCCUUAACUUACCGGAGGCCGAGCGGUCGGGCGGUGCGAUGGGCAAGGACGCACCCUCACGGACGAUGGAGGCCAUUGGGUCCUUGCGGCCUCUGCCGCGGGGCAUUGCGCGUCUGCCCACCCUGGAUGAGGUGAUGGAUCCGGAGGCGGCCGCGCGUAUACAGGCGCGCAGAGCUGAUUUCAGGCGGCAGCUUGCGGAUGGGAAACGGCCUGGACUCGUGGUUCCGCGACUGCAAGCUUGCGAGAGCCAGAGCCAGGAGGCGGAAAUGGUUGCAGCGUAA